CGUCAAUCCUGUCCAAUCCCAUCCCAUCUUAUCUUUCCCCUUCUCCCUGUUUCCCAUUUCUUGCCUGUUUGUGUCUUUCCGCUUCGACCCGCCGCUCCCUCUCGUCGCCUCUCGUUGCCUCUGAUCUCGAAACCAUUUCCCCAGAUUCCACACGGCCUUUCCCACCCUUUCUGUCCUUAUCUUUUCCCAUCUUCAUCUUCAUCACUAUCCCCAGCCCCGUGCUUUGGUUUGUUCUGUUUCCUGUUCGUUUCUAUUCUUUGGGUCUAUCCAAUCAGCCUGAACUCGGGAGAGCGCAUAUAAGUCUCAAGAGCCUCACGCCACCCCUCUCACUCGCCUGGCCAUCCGCCGUCCUACCACAAAAUGGAGACUUGACUUCUGCCUGAACCAAGGCCCUGGAAUGUUCCGCCCUCUCGCAUCACACAUUGGCCACGGCAUUCGAUAGCCAUUUUCUCCGUCGCCUCUCUGAGUCAAAAUGAACCUCGUUGCCGUCUCUCUCGCGCCGCCCCUCGACCUCUGAUGAGCACACGUCCUGCCUACAACGUUGCUGCAACCCAUUCAAGGCCUGAAAACACCGAAUAGAGCGGAACAUGGCCAUUGCUCGACGACCCUCUCCGCUUCAUCGGACCAUGAGUACGCCUCCAACGACUCCAAAUACCGCGCCCACCACCGAAUCCAAGCUGCCACCCACCUAUGCAAACUCCUCUAUCUUAACUCCUCCUACCUCCCCUCGUCAGAGUCGAUCUUCUUCCAACAUCUCCGAACUUACGUCGCCUAUUUCUGCUGUACCUCCACACUGCCCCACGGGCCAACCGCUGAAGUUGAAGGACGCGAGACUAGAUCCCAUCAAGACCGAUGCCGUCAGCCCCAGCAUAUUGACCGAGACAAGUGACACCGAGUGUCCUUUUGACGUUGAGAUCCUCAAGGAUGAACGUGGUCGCGACGCUGUCUUCGGGACUGGCGCCUGGAGCACGGUCUACAAAGCCACCACUCACCCCAAACCGAGAACUGUCUUAGGCUCCUGGACGCCACCGCUCUCCCCGGCAUUUGCCGCUCCUGUCCUGGUCGCAGUCAAAAGACCCGCUCGCCGAGACGCAAUUCCCAUUCUGAAAAGUGAGGCCAGCGUCCUGACCUACCUUCAAACCAUCCCGAACAGCGACAACUACGUCGUUCCCUUCUACGGGACCGUCGACGAAACCUCGCUGGUUCUCGAGGCCAUCCCAUUCAGUCUCGAGGACCAUAUCCGACACUGCGCCGCCGCCGCUGCCAAAACCUUGUCGACUUGGACCAUGACAGAACCGGUCCUCGGCAGCGACGCGAAAUGGUUUCAUCUGGCACGCCAACUCAUUUCGGCUCUUGUGUGGCUCCACAACGAUGCACAAGUCGUCCAUGGCGACAUCAAACCCGGCAACAUCCUCCUGACCCGUGUGCAAGGAUCAGGAAUCGACAUAUCCUUUCAGCCCAUUUUCGCCGACUUCUCGUCGGCUCAGCGGCUGGAUACCGACGACACCACGGUGAAUACGCUCUCGGCCGUCACGAGAGAGUAUACUGCCCCCGAGCUUCUCAACUCCAAAGUCCUCCGCGAUCCCACAUCGACGGCCACACCUGCUUCGGACGUCUUCUCGAUGGCAAUCACUUUACUGGUGGCCGCGACAGGGCAGAUGCUGGUGUAUCCGGGAUCGGUGUUCCAGCGGCAGGCGAUGGCCACCCAAGGAUGGAUGGUGUUGAACUACGCCAGGAAUGCGGACCAAGGUUCACGAGUACCCCGAUUCGGCGUCGUGGAGAGAGUGCUGGAGAGAGCAGUCUUGAAGGCCGACAUGGGAAGAGUGAGCGCGCGAGAGUGGCUGGGGAUUGUCGAAACCAUUGCACAAGGGGAUCCCGUGAAGUUAUGACCUCUCAGCGGGAGGUAGGUUGGAACCAUGACGCAUUCUCGCUGGGGAAUACGAGUCCCAAGCCGGACGCCAGCUUGGCAAGGCUCAUUUGGAGAAACGGUGACAAUGUUUAUUUCAAGGUCCACUCGCCUCCUCUGGAAGCCGUGAAUUGUCAUUUCCGGUUGGCGAGGAGACGAUCUGUUUGACUAAGAUAAUGGCGCGGACGGGGAAAAUGUACCAUGUAUGGUGUGGGAAAAAUGGUUAAAGCGGGCAACAUGUACUGUACCUAGGAUCGUGUCUCGAAUAUUGGAAAGAGAUUGUCUGUAUUGGAUGAUUGUUGUAUUUCUAGUUGGCCGUGUGGAAUAGAUGUGAAUAGAUGAGUGCAAUGUCCGCCGCCAUGUACGUAUUGUAUUGAUGCUAUCCGUCC